AUGCUUUCCUCCAUUUUGUACAGUGCAGCUCUACUGUCCCUCGCCAAUGCUCACGGUGUUAUUCUUGCUGCCCAGGGAGAGGCUGGGUCGCCACCCAGUGUUGGCUUCCAAGUCGAUACCGCCAUUGCGAGAAACUGCACGGGUAUCAGUCCCUGCCAACAGGACACCACCAUCAUUCGUGACGCUGAAAUUUCUGCGAACAUUGUGAACGAGUGCGGGCGAACGGAGUUAACCGGCAACAUUGAUGUUGGAGAAAACACUGAGAAUGCUCUCGCCGCUGGCGCAGUAACCAAGGUCAAAGCAGGCACCCUCAUGACUGUGACCAUUCAUCAAGUCAACGCUGACGGAGCUGGACCAUACACAUGUGAUCUCGAUCAGACCAGCAACGCCGGUAUCAUCUCACAAAACUUGACUGUAACCAACAAUGUGCCUGGCGUCAACGGUCUUUCUCAAGGCAAAACACAAGACUUUAACAUCACUGUUGCCAUGCCAUCAAACCUUGCGUGCACUGGAGCAUCCACUGGCAACAUUUGCACAGUUCGCUGUCGCAACAACGCCGUCGCCGGACCUUUCGGUGGAUGUUUUGCCGUCCAACAGACCGAUAUCACUCCUACCGCCAACUCCGCCAACCAGAUCGCAACCGCACAAACCCUCGCGGAUGUUACUGAGCAGAUCGCUGAAAACAACGUCGACCUCCCUGUAGCCAUCGCCGCGAACCAACAACAAGGAACAGCCGCACAAAUUCAAGCUAACGAGGCAGUGAAAGCGCUCCUCGGCGUCACCGUGACAUCCAAGGCUGCCGCAGUCCAAACCCUCGCCGUCGAGAACGUCGGUGUCAACGCGGCCGGCGCUUCUGUCGCAACCUCAUCCGCUACAUCCAAGGCAAGCAAAGCCGCAAAGGGAGCCGGAAAGGCGACUGCCGCUACUGCUUCUACUCCUACUGCCACCGCAGCUGCUAAGAAAGGGAAGAACAACAACAAGCGAGAAUCGGGCUUGAAAUGGGCGAAGAGAGCACUGCUUGAAGAGUCGUUAUAA